CUACUCCCGCCCGCGCGCUGCCAAUUUAUAGCGCGCGCGUGACGGGCAGAGCACGACGGCGAGCAACAGAACUGCAGUGCCACGCGCUAGAGUCUAGAUACUAUCACGCAGAGCCAGAGGUGACUGGGAGAGUGAGCGGGCGGGCGGGCGAGCAAGCAAACGAACAAACGCGAGUAGUUGCUGCCUUGCUGCUUGCUGGUGCUCGGUCCAUUGCCAUGGAGGUGAAGGUGGUGAGCUCCAAGCUCGUGAGGCCGUCCUACCCGGCGGGCGCACCGCGGCCCGACACCACCGAGCACGUGCCGUCCUCGGUGUUCGACAAGGUCACGUACCACAUACAGAUGGCCAUCAUCUACGCCUUCUCGCCGCCGGGGCCCUCCACCGCCGACAUCGAGCGCGGCCUUGCCGCGGUGUUGGGUGUGUACCGGCUGUUCGCCGGCCAGGUCCGCCCGGGCCCGGACGGCGCCCCCGGGGUUCUGCUCAACGACCGCGGCGCGCGGCUCGUCGAGGCGUCAGUGGACGCGCGCCUCGCCGACAUAGCGCCGACGAAGCCGUCGCCCGUCGUGCUGCAGCUGCACCCCGACCUCGAGGGCGACAUCGAGGAGGUGGUGCAGGUGCAGCUCACGCGGUUCGCGUGCGGCUCGCUCGCUGUGGGGUUCACCGCCAACCACGCCGUGGCAGACGGGCAUGCCACCAGCGACUUCCUCGUCGCGUGGGGACGCGCCGCGCGCGGGCUCCCCAUGGAUCAGUCGCCGCCGCACCACCACCCGGACCUCUUCCCGCCGCGUGACCCGCCGCGGGUCGAGUUCGAGCACCGCGGUGUUGAGUACUAUCGUCCCGCGCCGACGUCCCACACCGCGGCCCACGGCGAGACCCAACACAACAUCGUGAUCCACAAGGUGCAUUUCACCAAGGACUUCAUCGCGGGGCUCCGUGCCAUGGCGUCGGAAGGACGCGGCCGCCCGUUCAGCCGGUUCGAGACCAUCCUCGCCCACGUGUGGCGCACCAUGACGCGCGCGCGCGGGGUCGGCAACCCGCACCAGGCCUCCACCAUCCGCAUCUCCGUCGACGGGCGGGUGCGCCUCGCCGCGCCGCCCGGCUACUUCGGCAACCACGUCCUCUGGGCGUUCCCGCGCGCCACGGUGAGCGACCUCCUGAACCGACCGCUGAAGCACGCGGCGCAGGCGAUCCACGACGCGGUGGCGCGGGUGGACGGCGCCUACUUCCAGUCCUUCGUGGACUUCGCGAGCUCCGGCGCGGUGGAGAAGGAAGGGCUGGAGAAGACGGCCGUGCUCAAGGACGUGCUGUGCCCGGACCUGGAGGUGGACAGCUGGCUGACGUUCCCGUUCUACGAUCUGGACUUCGGCGCCGGCAGCCCGACCUACUUCAUGCCAUCCUACUUCCCGACGGAGGGGAUGCUCUUCCUCGUGCCCUCGUACCUCGGCGACGGCAGCGUCGACGCCUUCGUGCCGGUGUUCGAGCACAACCUCGAGGCCUUCAAGCAGUGCUGCUACUCCAUGGAGUAGCCAGAGCAGUACAAUUAUGUCGUAUUACGGCUAUUGAUACUCUGCUUUUGCAUGCAGCCGUUGAUUAUCGCCGCCGCAUAUCGUGUUUCCGUAAAUGUGUAUGCAUCCCGAAUUUCCAUUCCAGUGCAUACAUAUGCACAUGUAGGGAGAGUGUAAUACUCCCACUAGAUUAGUAGCUGUGCAUGGUUUCCUGGUAUUCUAAAAUCUAUGUAAAGUAUUUGCUCUCUUGUAUAGGUUUUUGUCUAGAUAAUAUAAAUGAGCGUAUUUACUGAAA